AUGAAGUUUUGCCAACAUCUUCUUGGCCUUGUGGCUGCCACUAGCCUCGUACAAGGCCUUCACAUUGGUCCGAGGGAUGAAAACAACAUCGCACAACCCCCAGCCCCUCCAGUUGAAGGCCAAGCUGCUGCACCACCGCCCCCAGUGGCUGGACAGGCUCAACCUCCCGUGCCGGAUCGAGGGCCUGAUGGAGAUAGGGAUGAGGACGACGAUGAUGAUGGCCGUCCACGUCCUGCUGUUGCAGGAGGACCUGUACCGCCUGACGUCGAUGACAACGACGAUGGCCCUCCACCGCCUCGUGUGGACAAUGACAAUGAUGGGGAUCUUGACGGUCCACCUCCUCGUGUCGACAACGAUAAUGACGGAGAUCUCGACGGCCCACCACCUCGUGCUGAUAAUGAUGGCGACGGCGACCUCGACGGUCCUGCUCGGGCGGACAACGACGCAGACGGCGAUCUUGAUGGGCCUCCACCACCAGAGUCCAAUAAAAACGGCAAUGUACAGCCUGCUCAAGCCGGCACUACCGCCGCAAACACAAACCCAAACACCAAUAGUGCUGACGAUGGCACAUCUCCGGGCUUUCAACAAGCUGACGUCGAUGACACGCCUGAUGGAGAUAGAGACGGCCCAGAUGGUGAUGGCGAUGGACCAGACGACAAUGGUAGGCCAAAUGCUGCUGGACAGAAAUCCAUUCCUCUUCUUGCGACUUUCGCUAUGGUUGUUGCGGCGAGCGUCGUGGUUAUGUAA